GUGUAUAUUUAUUUCGACAGGCAAGGCAAGUAUUAGUGCCUUUCUCUCUCUAAAUUUAAUAAAGAUGCCAUCUCAUGCUUCAAACUUGAGAGUCGAGACUCCCUCUUUCCCCCACUAUUCUCUCUCUCUCACUCGCGUAGCAACAAGACAAACUUGCCUUUCGAAUUCUCCAUCAGAUCUCUUUCACCUCACGGUGGGCUAUCAGAAGCUCCACCACUGGUACUGUACUUUAAAACGGCGUCGUAUUGAAGCAGGUGAUCUCUGUGUUGUGUUGUUCAGGACAAAGCAAAGGGGCUAGAUGAGGUGUCGGAAGCACCACCGGGCGGACCUGAGCAGCACCAUCGGCGUCUGCGCCUCUUGUCUCCGGGAGCGUCUCCUCGCACUCAUCGAAGCACAAGAGAAGGCACAUCUAGCGCGCGUUUCCUCACGGUCCUCCGACGAUCACCCUCGAAAAUCCGACCCUAACCCUCCUCCGCUCGUCUUUCCUCGUUCUGUCUCGCCGUACGUCUCUCGGCGGAAAUCGGACUAUGCCAGCUGGCAGAGCUGUGACAGACACAACAGUCUCUUCUAUAGCACGCCUCAGCUUGGCCCUACCUUCGGUACUGGCAAUUCUGAGGCCAAUUCAGGAUUCCCUGGCAGAACAAGCUCGUCUUUCAAGAAGAAGACUGGGAGAUUCUGGAUUUUCUCAAGUCUAUUUGGAUCCAGAUCCGAUAAAUUCGAGGCGAAUCCGAGGAUUUCUUCUCAGGAAUCAUGCGAACCAUCGUCAUCGUCGUCUCCCUCAUGGUUCUCGAUGAUCUUUCCCACUCGCCGGAAGAAAAUGGAUAGGAUGAACCCUCUGGAAAGUUCGACCGCCCCAGGGAGGAGGCGGUAUCGGCAAGCAGAUCGGGGAAUGUCGCCGGUGACAAACGAAAGUUGUGUCGUCGAUUGCGAUCGAUGCGACCGAUCUCCUUCAGCCGGUGGCUACUCAGCGGAAACGUCCCCACGGUGGCGGAAAACGCCAUCGACGGCACCGUGUGGGACCCGUCGUUCCCGCCACGUAAGGAACGUAUCAGGCAUGGCUUUUUGCUUAAGUCCGUUGGUGAGGGCGAGCCCCAACCCUCACUGGAACCCGAAGGGAUUGCCUCCAGAGGUGGUUUCGGCGGGGGAAAUGAGAGGCACGACGGCGGCGAAGCCUCACCUGUCCACUGCGUCGUCGUUUUGUGCAAACCGCUCAAGGAAGCUUGCUGACUUUGGGAGAGCCAACCACAUCCGUUGAUCUGGAUGAGUAUUGACCUUGGACGGUGAUAUUUCCCAUGUGUUGUCUCUUCCUCCUCCUGGUUCCUGCACAUUCAUUUUUUUUCCCCUUCUUAUUUGAACAAAAGAUAGAUUCUUUUUCCAAUUUUUGCAUUUUUUUUUUCAUUUCAAAAACCAAUUUCUGUACAAGAAAGAGAAAGUGUUGUUUUUUUUUCCUUUAAUAGUAUUAUUGAGAUUGAACUGCUUCUAUAAAAAUACAUAAUGAUUCUUAACUUUCACCCACCUUCAUUGUCGGUAAAUUAAAUUAUACAGGACGCAAAACAGGGUAACUAUUUUAAUAUAUUAAUAUGAUUAGAAUUUGUUGAAUUAGAAUAUUGUUUAAUUGUUUUAAUUUAAUUUGGUUAUUGUUAAUGUUAUUUUGCUAUCAAUGUAAUAAUAAUCUGCAUUUGAAUUU